AUGAAUGGUUCGUCUUUAACAAGGUCAUUAAACACUAAACAGAAAUCAAAUUAUAUAAAAAAAGAAAAAAUUACUAACGAGAAAAGACAUUUUAACAAAAAUUAUAUUUCCAGCAGUGAAAAUGAAACUGAUAAAGAAUCAGAAAAAAUUAGUUCAAAAAAUAACAUAAAUAAUGACAUAAAUGGUAAUGUGAAUGAAUAUCUAAGCUCAGAUCAAGAGUGUAUUAGUAAAAAACGUCUUAAAUUAGCUAAACAAUAUAUUCAACAAAUACAAACAGAAAUAAAGAAUUACGACUUUGACACAAAAAAUAUUAGUAAAGAUUUAGUUUCUGAAAGGUUAAAUGAAGAUAUGAUGGAACAUAAAAAAAAAAUGUAUAUAUUUAUUGCAGAAGAACUUGAAAUUUCUAAGCAACCAUUAUCUAAUUUUAUCCGAGGACACAAACUUUCAGUAACAUCUGUUGCAGCAUAUGAAAAUUAUAUUUACUCUGUUUCUAAGGAUGGUCUUUUACAAAAAUGGGAUAUUUCUAAUGUUAAUAAUCCAAAAAAGCUUAUUUCAGCAACAAGUGGAAAAAAAAACAAUAAUACAUUUAAAGGUCAUAUUUCCGAAAUCACAGAUGUUAAAGUUAGUAGCGAUGGGAAUUGGGUCGUUACAUGUGGAAAAGAUAAACGUAUUAUUGUAAGAAAUUCGUCAACAUUAGCUAUUAAUUGCAUAUUUGAACAUCAUCGUGACUCUGUUUUGGCUUUAACAUUCCGUAGAGGUACAAAUCAAAUGUAUUCAUGCUCUUCAGAUAGAACAAUUAAAUUUUGGUCACUUGAUGAAAUGUCAUAUAUACAGACUCUUUUUGGGCAUCAAGAAUUAAUUCCCGAUAUUGCAUCACUUUCUUUAGAGAGGUGUGUAAGUGUUGGUUCUAGAGAUAGAACAGUAAGACUUUGGAAAGUUGCAGAAGAAUCUCAGAUGAUUUUUAAAGGAGAAAAUAACAAAGAUAACGAGGUUCAAGAAGGAAGUAUAGAUUGUAUUACGAUGAUUGACGAAAAUCAUUUUUUAACUGGCUCAGAUAACGGAAACAUAUGUUUAUGGUCUAUUUAUAAAAAAAAGCCAGUCUUUACUGUAUAUCAUGCCCAUGGCUAUGAUUCCGUCAAAUCAUCUUCUCAGUAUUCAGCAGAAAUCAAUUCAUCAUUUCUUCCUUCUCCACAACCCCGAUGGAUUACUUCAUUAACAUCUCUUCCUUAUUCUGACAUAUUUUUAUCAGGUUCAUGGGAUGGAUAUAUUAAACUUUGGAAAUUAUCAUCAGAUUUAAAAAAUUUUUCUUUAAUAACAAACAAUACAUUACCAAUUGACGGUAUUAUAAAUAGACUAUGUAUUAUAGAAAAAGGAAAAAAAGCGGAAAACGGAAUCAUAAUUAUUGCAGCCAUAGGAAAAGAAAACAGACUAGGAAGAUGGUACAGAAAUGAGAAAGGGAAAAAUGGAAUUAAGCUUUUUGAAAUUAAAAGAUCAAAGCAAAAAUUCAAUUAA